ACAAAAGCAGCUUUUCAGCUAGAAGAAGCUCUUGAACAAAUUAAAGGAUCCGUUUUAACAUCAGGAUUGUACUUGCCCAGCAGAAACAAAACGACCUUCAGAGCCACAGAUGACACUUCAUCCACAUCAGCAUCUAGAAACGGUUAUUCCCAUCAGGAGCAGAUUUCGGCAAUGGUUGGCUGCGAUAACACAAUGCAGGAGAGCAGUACAAGCAUGGAUAGUAACCAACUUCUAUUCCAGAAAAAUCUGAAAGAAAUGCAGCAACUCCUAGAAAAACAGCAUCUCAGCAACUUAGAGAAUUUUCAUCAAGAAGUUGAGAAAACAGACGAUUCAGAGAGUUUAUCAAGUCUUGACAGUCUUGAGGCUGGGGAACAAAAUGGAAAUUGCACACCACCAAGUGAAUCACCUUUGACUACGCAGUGUGACUGUGCCCAGUAUAAUCCUGGAAAAUCACAGACCAGGAGCAAUGAUUUGAUUUAUGCAACUGAAAAUACUUCUAAAAACAUACACCUAAAUAAUUGUCAGAGAAAUUUAGAUUCCCAAAACAGCCACAACAACUUACCUGUUCAUGAUCUUUUAGGUAAACAUAACGUUCUAAUUCUUGCUGAACAUGUAAACAGUUCAGGAGAGGAAUCAUCUGUUGCUCACAGAUCUGCAAAAAAAGCUGCAGAGUUCUUUACUUCUGGUAAUCAAGAAAGCUCUGUAAAUAAAGCAUUUACUUUUCUGCAAAAUAUAAAAGAAGAAAGAAGGAAUCCAUCUUCUGGAACGGGCAGCACAUUGACCACUGGUCAUCCUGUUUUCAGUCCUAGCAAAGCCUGGGCCAGCCCUGGUUCUAUUCCAGGAGAAAGAAUUCAGGAUCUGAUGCGAGAACAGAGCUUUAAAAUGACCCCACAAAACAGAAGUAAAUCUGUGCAAACCUUCAGUGAACCUAUUGCAACAUCUGGAAUCUUAUUUCCUAAUCAGAGGUGUUCCACUGGUGUUCCCAGCACAGCUGAUACGUUGCCAAAGGACAAAAACAUUAGUAAAGAUUGUUUUAAAAAUACUUUGGGAAAAGUGAUUGAAACAAAAGAAGAAAACAUUAGAUGUGUUGAUGACGUUGACCAAGGAUCAUCUUUAUUUCGGGAUGCCUCAGUUCUGUGCAAUGUUAAGCAACAGAAUAACAAGGAGGAAGAAAAGGCGAAUGCAGUUGAAACUAUGUCACUGGUGUCUGAUACAGAGUUCAGUUUUGGCAUUCCUGCACAGCACAAAACCCUGAAAAACAAUAUUUACAACAGAAAAAGAGCAAAACUAUUCAGAAGUAUCUUAAAGAAGGAAUCUAAAUAUGAACCCAGUCAUUUCAAAGCUGUGGUUAUGAACCAUGGGAUCAGUUUUGGAGCUCGAUCUGUGUCGUCUAUCAGAGACAGUUUGGAACUGGCAAAAAUGAAGAAGAAAAGUGCAGAAAAUGAAAAAAACAAUAGGAAACUAAGAUGGUGUGAUCAGAUUAACAAGAUAAUAACGGAAAAUGAUGAGAAACGCUAUGAAAAAAAUACCAGUGAAAUAUCUUCUGCACAGCUGCAAUGUCUUCAAACUGCAAGUGAUGCUCCUUGGACUAAUUUAAAUAUGGUUGUUCACUCUUCAAACACCACAUUCACAAGAAAUCACCAGGAAAAUUCUCAUAUAUCAAAACCAAAUGUUAAUUCUGGAACGUCAAAUAAAGAGUGCGUGUCUCUGAAUAUGUUUAUGUCUACUGGAUCCUCUUUUGCUAAAAAAGCUUGGGUGGUAUCAAAAGAUGAAGAAGGCAAACCCCCAGUAUGUAAUAACAAAUCUAAAAUUUACAGAGGUAAUCAACACAAAAAUAAGCCAAAAAUAACCAGAAGACCAAGACCCGUAAGAGCCCAGUCGGGUUUUAUGCUGAAGAACAGAAGAGGCACCCCGGUCUAUCCACAGUCAGCCACUGAAGCCAACACAAUUCCAGCAGCUCGAGGCAGGGUGCUGGUACCUUACCCACCACCUGCACCUACAAUGGGAAACACAAGUGGCAAAACCAUGGUCAGCCUGGGGUUUCAGCCACAGCCUUCCUCCAGUCUUCAAGCUGCCACUACAAAUGGUAAUUAUUUCAAUGAAAGGCAUGUUUUGUUAUCAGAUCAAACUUUAACUAGGAGAACUAGAGCACGCAGAGAGAGCAUUACCUGUAAUUCUGACUUGGACACACCUUGCUGCAGCACGUCCAGAUACGAACCUUUGGCAAAAAAAACUUGUUCUGUAAAUAGUGGUCAGACAAGUGCCUGUCAAGAUCAUUCAGUAACCUGCACUGAAAGAUCUGUUAAUGCAGAAAAUGGAUUACAUCUUGAUCAUAUCCCAACAGCUGAAAAAACAAGAAGUACAUGGAAAGGACUGCAUGCUGCCCUAGCUCCAAAGGACUCUGCUGCUGGUGCUAUUCAGCAUCAUGUGUCACAUUACAAUAAUUCACAUAUAACUAAAUGGCAACCUUUUAAAGCUCCUGUAUCCUGUAUAACUGCUGGUGAGAGCAGCCAGAAGACUAUUAUCAAGCCUUCUUCUAGGAUGAAUGAAUUGUUUUCUUUCUCUGCAAACAGUGUUGUUCCUGUUACACGACAAAAACAGAUUUUUGACAACUGUGAACAUAUACACAGAACUUUUUCAGAACAGAGAAGGCAAACUGUGGCAUCUAAAAAGACAUCUACUCAUCAUACACAGAAUUCGUUAUAUGCUGUCCAGCUGAGUCCUAUUCAAUCUGCAUUUGAUCCAGCACAAAGUAUGAAUAACACCUACAAGUCUGAAGAAGUUUCAGAAAGCACUGCUCAGUUUCUUAUGGCAGAAAAACUAGCAAGUACACCAGCUGCAGAAGAUGAAAUCCUGGCAGCUAUGGAAGGUGUGCAACCAGCAAGACAACCCUUUCUGCUUAACAGGGCUCCGUGUCUAGGCAUGAGUGCACUUUCAGUAGAAGAAGAGAAGAUUUUCCAGUCUCUUGAUCGUCUCAAUCAAAGGCUACAAAAUGUUCAAGAAGCCAUUACCAGAAACCCAUCUGCCUCAGGUGUUUUACAGAUAAUCACUCCUUUAGCUUUGAGAGUUUAUACCCGACUGCCUUAUCCUCUGGCUUCAGUUCCCUUUUGA